AGUCGCUUCUCCCUUCGUCGGCCACCGUUUGGGAUUUCACAAUUUCCGCCGCCGAUGUAGGCGAAUCUCGAUCCUGAUGAAGGGGUUUCCUAGGAUCGACCUCUAAAUGCGCCGAAAAGAGAAAUCAGCGGCGAUUGGUGUGGAGCUGGUUGGAUGGUCUAGAUUUGUAUAGAUUUUGAGGGGGGUCGACGGGUUUUCUCUUUUCAUGCAGCUGUGUAGUUCAGAGGUUUGUCUGAUCGUAGCGUUUUCAUUUCAUCUGACUGUGAGACAGCCGCUAUAGCAGGGUUGGCUUCAGUAUUGGGUGUCUUUUUGAUGAUCUAUGCUGAAAUUGGGUCUUUGGCAGUGAACUAGGGUUUGUGUGGUGAAAAUUAUAGUACUCUGCCUUCGUAACUUGAUUGUAUUCUCAUUUUAUUGUGAUCUUCAUCAUUGGUAUGUGGGUUUCACUUGUUUGAAUUUGCGGCUGAAUGGACGGUAUAUUUUUAGAUUUUUUGAGGAGCAUUGAAGCGUGGAAUUCUCCAUCUCUGGCUUCGAAGUGGCUUGUUGGAAACUUAGUAUUUGAAGUAGUUGUCACUAAAACUUGACCAUUCAAAUUGUAUUGCGGCUUUUGAUUUGAUGGAAGCCAGUCUGGGAAGUGAAGGAAACCAUUUUCUUGCUGCGGGCACUUCUAAUCUGAGUAGAAUUGGGAAGAAAAGCUUGGAAUGGAACUUAAAUGACUGGAGAUGGGAUGGUGAGCUCUUUGUUGCGAAUCCCACAAAUGCAGCUCCGAGUGAUUGUGAGAACAAUCAUCAGUGCCAUGAUCAAGCUAACGGAUCAAAUAGCUCAUCUUCUUCAGAAUUUACUGAUUUUGGAUUACUUGUGAAUGAGAAGAGUGAAGCUGAGAAGCGCAAGAGGAUUCAAGUGGUGGAAGACGGCGAACCUUGCUUUGGAGCUGAAGCACUUAGCUUAAAACUGGGGACCUACACUUACCCGAUGUUGGAAGGCAUGGAAUCCAACCUAAAAAAUACAGAAGGGGAAAAGGGAAAGAAGAGCAAGACACAAGGGGAAAAUUCUAAUUACCCAACAUGCCAAGUUGAAGCCUGUGAUACUGACCUCAGCAAGACAAAGGACUACCAUAGACGGCACAAAGUCUGUGAGAUGCAUGCAAAGGCUAGCUCAGCAAUUGUCCGAAAUGCUAUCCAACGCUUCUGCCAGCAAUGUAGUAGAUUUCACCUUCUUGAGGAAUUUGAUGAAGGAAAACGAAGUUGUCGACGACGCUUAGCUGGCCACAACAAGCGUAGGAGGAAAAGACAGCCUGAUGCCAUUGCAACUGCAAAUCCAUCUACUGAUGAACAGACUUCUGGCUAUUUAUUGAUAAGUCUACUCAGGAUCCUGUCAAAUUUGCAGUCUGACAACCAAAAUGUGGAGCUCUUGGCUCAUUUGCUAGGGAGCCUUGCCAAGCUUGCCAAGUCCUUCGAUCCUAGUAGCCUCUCACAACUUCUGCAGUCAUCUCAGGUUCCACAAAAGUUUGAAAUGGGUGCAGGAACAUCCUCAAAAGCAGUUAAUACUUCAGCACUAAAUAUUGUUUCUGUGCAUGAAUAUGUGAGUCACUUAAAUUCAGUAGCGAACGUAACUUGCACUGCCAUUGCUGAGAAUCAUCUCAAAGAGACUGAUCAUAUACCAUCUGUUGUAACCGCAAACUCCACUCAUUCAAACGGCAGAGUAGCUUUUGUAGAGCCUGUAUUGGAUAAGGUCAGAAUCGUGGAUUUUGAUUUGAAUGACACUUAUGUUGACACACAAAAAUGUGAAGAAGGAAGACAAAAACUGGCUACUGUCCCGCACACCAUGAUGGUUUCAUCUGAUUGCCCAUCGUGGUUGGUGCAGGAUCAUCAGUCAAGUCCACUUCAAAAUAGUCGUAAUUCAGAUUCAACAUCCAACCAAUCCCAAUCUAGUUUCAAUGGAGAUGCUCAGUUUCGGACUGAUAGAAUCAUUUUUAAACUCUUUGGCAAAGACCCUAAUGAUCUGCCUCUUGUUUUGCGAGCCCAGAUUCUUGACUGGUUAUCCAAUAGUCCAACAGAUAUGGAGAGCUACAUUAGACCAGGUUGUCUGAUUCUAACAAUAUAUUUACGCCAAUCUGAGUCUGCAUGGGUGCAGCUCUGCAAUGAUUUAAGCACCAACCUAAAUAAGCUUUUGCAUAACUCCUCCGACAAAAUAUGGAGAAUGGGUUGGAUUUUUUCAAUGAUACAAAACUAUGCAGUUUUCAUAUAUAAUGGUCAGGUUGUACUAGACUUACCUCUGCAUAUCAGACAACCCAACAACCAUUGCAAGAUUUUGUCUGUCACACCUAUUGCAGUUCCUCAAUCUUCGAGGGUCCAGUUUACUGUGAAGUGCUUUAAUGUUGAUCAACCAACAUCUAGGUUGCUAUGUUCUUUUGAUGGGAAAUACUUGCUACAGGAAAGAAUACAAGCUCUUGCUAAGGAGACUGAUAGAGUUGCAGAGAAUGAUCUGUCUCAGUGCCUUAGCUUUUCUUGUUUGCUACCUGAUGUGACAGGGAGAGGAUUUAUUGAGCUCGAAGACUGUGGUGUAAGUGAUGAAUUCCUUCCCUUCAUAGUCGCAGAAGAUGAUGUAUGCUCUGAGAUUUGUAUGCUGGAGAAUGAAAUUAACAUAGUUUAUUCAGAUGGCCAACUUCCUGAGCAAUUAGAUGAAGAGAAGGCUAGAAAUCAAGCUCUGGAAUUUAUUAACGAACUUGGAUGGCUUCUGCGGAGGAACCAUUACCUGUCUAUUUGUUGCGAGUCAAAAAUUCCUGCAAAUUUAUUUACAUUAGCACGCUUCCAGUGGCUUAUGUCAUUCGCUAUGGAUAGAGAGUGGCCUGCAGUUGUGAAGAAACUUCUCAAUAUCUUUUUUAAUGGUUCAGUAAAUGCAAAUGGGAAAUCACCUAUUGAGCUUAUCUUGGAUGAAUAUCUUCUUCACACUGCAGUACAAAGAAAGUCCAAGACUUUGGUAGAAGCUCUAUUGAGAUAUGCGUCAAAUAACACUUCUGAGGGAACAUAUCCAGACCAAUUAUUGUUCAGACCCGACAUGCUUGGUCCCUCCGGUAUAACUCCGCUACAUAUUGUUGCCUCCAGUGAUGAUGCUGAAAGUAUAUUGGAUGCACUUACAAAUGAUCCUGGACAGGUGGGAAUCAAGGCAUGGAAUAAUGUCCGCGAUAACACUGGAUUCACCCCUGAAGACUAUGCUAUUUCGAGGGGUCAUCAUUCCUACCUUACCUUGGUUCAGAAGAAAAUCGAUAAGCAGCUCCAGCUGAGUCAGGUCAUCCUCAACAUUUCUGGAGAUGCUUCCUAUAAGCUAGAAAACACACUAAAACCCAGUAAACCAAGUUCUUAUGAGAUGAGCACCAACUGGUCGAACACAAAACAACCACCUUAUUGCAAUCGGUGCAGUCGUCAGGUGGUUUACCAGAACUCUGCGGCGAGGACAAUGCUGCAUAGACCAUUAAUGCUUGCACUUGUUGGAAUCGCGGCAGUCUGUGUCUGUGUGGGCCUUCUAUUCAAGACGCCGCCAGAGGUCUUCUAUGUGUUCCCGUCAUUUAGAUGGGAGUUGUUGGACUAUGGAUACAUUUGAAGUGAUAUCAGUUGUAAGCUUUAGGUUUUUUGUUAUUGCGAUUAAUAAUAUCUCUGUAAUGAUAUAUAUGCUAUUUACACUGAUAAAUUGGUUAAUUUUUUUUUUCUGUGACUCAAUGUAGUGUAAUGUUGUAGCUCAGUGAUAGGAGCAGUCAAAACCAUUGAGACUGUUUAAUUGUUUAUACUGGCCCGAAGUUGCUACAGUGCGUAAAUGUACAAAUUGUAUUUUAAUUGAGAAAUGUAGUUAAUUAAUUCUGUAA